CAGCGAAUAGGAACACUCCAAUCAUGAGUCCCUUUUAAGGAAAAUAAUUAUUACCACGACCACCAUCAAGCCAUCUACCCCAACCGCCAUAUGGUGCGCCAGGAUACUUUUUAACACGAUGAGCUGCAAGCUGCUGCGGCGGCCCUACCGAGCAUUGUCCUUGCACCAGGGCCUGAGAGUUCCGACAUUAAAUGGAAUGGUCAUUUGUACGAGGGGAUUUGCCUCUCUGUCGCCAGAUCCCAAUUCGAAUCCAUACGAUGUAAUUGUCAUCGGCGGAGGCCAUGCAGGAUCUGAAGCAUGCGCAGCCGCUGCGAGGUCUGGUGCGCGCACUGCCUUGAUCACACCAAAGCUGGACAACAUCGGCGUAUGUUCAUGUAAUCCGAGCUUCGGUGGCAUUGGGAAGGGUACUAUGAUAAGAGAAAUUGAUGCUCUGGAUGGCGUGGCAGGGAGAAUUAUUGAUAAGGCUGCUGUGCAAUUCAGGGUGUUGAAUCGGAAAAAGGGCCCAGCUGUUUGGGGCCCGCGAGCACAGAUCGACCGAGACUUAUACAAAAAACACAUGCUGGAUGAGUUACAAGGAUACCCGAACCUUUAUAUAGUCCCCGGGAGCGUCGCGGAUAUUAUCGUCUCGAAGGAAACUCUAGACGGCCAACCAUCCUCGAAAAUAACUGGAGUAAGACUUGAAUCUGGCGAGGUUAUUCCUACCAACCAGGUCAUCAUAACAACAGGAACGUUUUUAGGUGGUGAAAUUCACAUUGGCCUAGAGUGUUUUCCAUCUGGGCGCAUGGGCGAAGCGGCGACAUUUGGACUCAGCAAGUCACUGAAAGAUGCUGGGUUUAAACUUGGGAGACUGAAGACCGGAACCCCUCCGAGACUGUCAAGGAGGACCAUCGAUUUCAGCACAUUAGAACAGCAGCCGGGGGAUGACCCACCGAUGCCGUUUAGCUACCUCAACGACGAGGUUACUGUCAAGGAGCAGAUGUUCUGUUAUUCCACAUACACUAAUGAAAAGGCCCACGACAUUAUCAGAGACAACCUUGAUAAGUCUAUCCAUAUUCGGGAGUCUGUCAAAGGCCCUCGAUAUUGCCCAUCGCUAGAGUCAAAAAUCAUAAAGUUUUCGGACAGAACGAGCCAUAUAAUCUGGCUCGAGCCGGAAGGAUUUGACAGCGAUGUCAUCUAUCCCAAUGGGAUUUCUAUGACCGUGCCAGCCGAGGCACAGGAGCAAAUGCUUAAGACUAUACGCGGGUUGGAAAAUGCUACAAUGUUGCAGCCUGGUUACGGAGUUGAAUAUGAUUAUGUUGACCCAAGGAACUUGAAAUCAAGUCUAGAAACGAAGUCUAUAGGCGGGUUGUUCCUGGCUGGCCAGAUCAACGGAACUACAGGGUAUGAAGAAGCUGCUGCGCAAGGAAUCGUCGCUGGGAUCAACGCCGGUUUAGUUUCCCAAGGCCGAGAGCCGAUGAUUUUGUCAAGAAGUGACGGCUACAUAGGCAUUAUGAUUGAUGACUUGAUAACGAAGGGCGUAUCUGAACCAUACCGGAUGUUCACAUCACGAAGUGAAUAUAGGAUGAGCGCUCGCGCGGACAAUGCGGAUUUGAGGCUCACUCCUAAAGGGCGUGCGUCUGGAGUCGUGAGUGAUGCGAGGUGGUCCAGUUUCCUGAAUAUAUCCAGCCAAAUGAGUGAGCUGGAACAGAUUCUUCGAGCUGAUAUGCGCUCUGGCCCAGCCUGGAUCGACGACGGAUUCGAAGUUACGAAGGAUACAACUAAAAGAAGCGCGUUUGACAUUUUGCGCCGUGCCGGGAUGAGCAUAGACAGGCUGUCGAACAAAAUACCAGAUGUGCUGAAGUACAGCAAAGCGAUACAGGAUCGGGUUGGAAUCGAAGCGGUGUAUGCACCGUACAUCGCCCAACAAGCAGCCUCAAUGAAGGUCUUUCAAAUAGAUGAACAACUGCAACUUCCGGUUGAUUUGGACUACGGCAAGGUCCAUGGCAUAUCCAUGCAUGAGAGGUUUCUUUUAGAGGCCACGAGGCCUGAGUCUGUCGGCCAAGCUCGGAGGAUUGAGGGCAUGACUCCGACGGGUUGCUUGAGGCUCCUGGCUCACGUACAGAACACUCGCAAACGUGCAGCCAGGGCUAUUUUAUAUGAAGAGAAUACGGCCAAUAAAAGGAGGGUCGCCGGCUUGUAAGAUAUAUGAAUGUAUGAUGAGAUUGUAUAUUAGACAGCUCCAGACACCAGCAGCUGUGGGGGCGUUAUUAUAGUUGGAUAGUUACCACUAAGGUGAGUCAACCGUGUUCAAACAGAUCCCAUGCGGAGGCUAUGUUGGCUUGCCCGUCGUACUUUCCGAAUCAUACUGGCCAAAUGCCUUGCACGUUGCAGGAAGAGCUCGCGGCAGGGUUUGGUUGAUGCAGUCAAGAGCAGUCCUUACAUGUCUGUCGGGGCAACGACGAGUGAAGGCGGAUCGUCGCGCAGUGGCAGAGGAAUAUCUGUGUGCCUGUGUAGAAUAAAUACGUUACUGGAACAUGACUAUCUUCAGCGUACGCUAGCAAUAAUGGGUUACAAUAAAAGUAUGCAGGAAGUUGUCGCUCGGUCAUUUCAUACAUCUGUUAAAAGUUAAACUGGGUAGCUGGAUUGCCUCCAUUCGAAGAACAACAAUCCCAAAGUGGUGAGAAUUCCUUGCGGUGACAAUAAUUCUGCGGUGAGAGCCCGAAGCGGCGAGAAUCUUCCCCGAUGGCGGUGACAGUGGCGAUUACCAUGCG